UAUAAAAAUGCACCGCACUGCAGAAUUUAGAUUUAAAUGUAUAUUUUCUGUUGAAAGAUGCAAUUACCAUUUUCUACCACCGGAGGGGAGUAGAGGUUUAAUUAUGCUCUAUGCAUGGCACAUUUUGUACACGCUUGGCUUCCUGUAUUGCUUGGGUCUGCUCCAAUAUUCCUGGUUAUACAUUUAUUGUGACGCCUUCUACAGACACAUCUACUUCUCUAUAUGCAGCUCACAACUAGACACAGUUAGAGAUGAGUCUGCUGGCAUUUACAUUGCGAUUGUGUAUUAGAGGAUGGGUCAGAAAACUCCUAUACCCACAUUCGGCAAGAAAUAUGGCCCAGUAUACACCAUUUACAUGGGCACAGAGCCAGUUGUGGUGCUUUGCAGCUGUGACGCAGUAAAAGAAGCACUCAAUGAACGUGGAGAGGAGUUUGCUGCACGUGGACAUAUGCCUCUUCUUGAUAAAAUAAGUUCUGGAGGCCAUGGAGUUGUUGGUAGCAAUGGAGAACGAUGGAAGCAGCUGCGCCGUUUUUCCUUGAUGAUAUUGAGAAAUUUUGGAAUGGGAAAGAGGAGUAUCGAAGAAAGAAUCCAAGAAGAGGCCCAAUUUCUUAACGAGGAGUUCAAGAAAACAAACACUCAGCCUGUGGACCCCACGUUUUAUUUCAGUAAUGCUGUUUCCAAUGUCAUCUGCUCAGUGGUUUUUGGAGAUCGGUUUGAAUAUGAAGACAAGGAAUUUCUCAGGCUUUUAAGUCUUUUACAUGAACUUUUCAGAGGGGUCAGCUCUAUUUGGGGACAGAUGUAUAAUGUCUACCCAAAAAUUGUUGGCCAGUUGCCAGGACCUCACAACAAGCUCUUCCAUGCACUGGAAAGCAUUAAGGAAUUUAUAACUGAAAAAAUAAAAAACCAUAAGGAAACCUUGGACCUAAGCUCUCCCAGAGAUUUUAUUGAUUGUAUCCUCAUCAAGAUGGAGCAGGAGAAGGAUAAUUUAGACACUGAAUUUCACAUGGAUGGUGCAGUUAAUACCACGUUUGAUUUAUUUGCUGCUGGUACCGAAACAGUAAGCACUACCUUACGGUAUGGUCUGCUGAUCCUUCUUAAGCAUCCUGAUGUUGAAGAACAUAUCCACAAAGAGAUUGACCAAGUCAUUGGCCAUAAUCGGGCUCCAAGCAUUGAAGAUCGCUCCAAAAUGCCCUACACGGAUGCAGUGAUCCAUGAGAUACAGAGAUUCAUUGACCUCAUACCACUGGGUCUCCCUCACAAAGUGAAUAGUGAUGUUAUCUUUAGAGACUAUGUCAUCCCUAAGGGAACUACAGUCUACCCACUGCUGAGCUCUGUUCUCCGUGACCCAAAACAAUUUAAAUUUCCAGACAAGUUCAAUCCCAGUCAUUUCCUGGAUGAAAAUGGAAAGUUUCAGAGGAAUGAUGGCUUCAUGCCUUUCUCAUUAGGGAAGCGGAUCUGUGCUGGAGAGGGUCUUGCACGAAUGGAGCUUUUCCUCUUCAUCAGCACGAUUCUACAGAAUUUCACCCUCAGAUCUUCACUGGACAUAGAAGAAUUAGACCUCAGUCCAGAGUUGAGUGGCUUUGGGAAUGUUCCUCAUCCCUACAAGAUCUGCUUCAUCCAACGUUAACUUAAAUUAAGGACAUUAUCUGUAUUCUUCCACCAACUUUCAUUGUAAUACCCAUAUUAAAGGUGCAAUAAAGUAAAAAUGAGAAGUUCCUGAUUCA